AUGCAACUCUCAACCGCAUUUGUUGUGAGCUUCGUUGCGCUCCAGGCCGUCAUUCUCCCUCCGGCCGUCGGUGCCCUCCCAUCCUCGAUCUUCGAGCCGCUCGCAGACUGGCACGACCCGCACAACGAUGCAGAACUCGUGCACAAAGCUCGUGAGCAGCUCAAAUUGGCCACUGGACCAGCGCAUCCACCGGAGCAUGCGCCCACGACCUAUCUGCAACAGCUGCAAGCUGAUUACAUUUCCCAGAUCACUGGUUCCGAGUCCACGAGGUGAGCAGAGAUCGACAAGACCAGACUUUGCCCAUCUACUGACCGCACCUGCAAGCAGUCCCAAACACUCCCAGACGGCGCUGUACAGCGAAGCUUUGAUCUCGCUCAACUCCACCCUUUUCGAAUUUGUCGACGUUGUAGGCGGCCUCAAUCGCUAUUUCAGCCACAGCGACGCCGAGGAGAUCAUGGCAGAUUUUUAUCCCGAACUGUACACAUCCUAUGCUGCGGCGCUCACCACUCCUGAAAUCAAGAAGCAGGUCGCCGAGAGGAAUGUUGGCUUGCAGCUGCGAAGCGCAACAGCGGUGCUCUGGCAAGCGUGGGACCAUGCCUUUUUGGCUUUGCGUGACAAGACGUGAGUAUCCUUGCUCGAAUAGAGGACAUUCGUGCGCUACCGCUCACCUGCGCCUCGAUCUACAGCGUGCCUGGCUCGCCUGAAGCUGAACAGUGGGUGAACGGCAUCGACACGCUCAAGACGGGUUUACAGGCCAUCAUCAACACGUAUUAUGCUUGA